AUGGCCCCUCCUUCCACCCCAUCUCCCCACACACAGGCACGCAUACAGCCCGCUCAGCUUCACAAAGCUCAGUCCCCACCUCAAGCAUCAGCUCAGUACCCGCCUCAGAAUGACGACUUCCUUCGUCGCCUUUCCUUUUCAAGCGCUGCAGAGACGCAAGAUGUGGAUGAAAUGGUAAGACAGAAGUUCACAUUUGGCAGAAGCACCGUGGCUCCUCUGAGACAGGGUGGUCGAGUGGCUGCAGAGGCUCAGCCUGCGCAGCGUGCUGCUGAAGUCAAGCAGCUCAACGAUGCCAAGGUAGAUGCUACAAGCGCUUCUGCGGCUUCCUCGAUCGAUCCACGCCUCAAGUUCCUGCUCGGACAGUCCCCACCAACCACUGCCCAUACCUCUGCUGAGCUGAGCGCAACACAGAAGAACAUGACCGCAGUCUCAGUGAAAUCGCUCUCGGUGCCCGAUUUGGACCAGCUGUGGAAGUCGCGCACUAACAGCAAUCGAGACAUUAGCAGUGGGAGCGCUAUUCGAAAAGUCCUCGGCGAGAGUGGUCGGUCGAGCAAUGCGAGAUUUGGACCCCAGCUCUUUUCUAUGAGCGGCAACAAGCUUCCUGCUACUGCUACCGCUGAUGCAACGCACAACGCGACUCAGGCUCUGGUACCAAGCGUUGCUCGAAACGAGUCAGACCAGGCCUCUAGGAGCUUGCUGGACGUCGCCAGCUCUCUUGCUGCUGAACAGCAGAGCACAAAGUCUGCUGCACCCUCCACGACCAUUUUGCAGCCGGCUUCUAAUGCGACUCACUCGACUCGCAAGCGCUCACUGACCAUUCUGCAGCAAAGCUCGCCCGUCGAAGGUGCUCGAGCUGUGCCUUCUGUCCCUACAGCUGCCAAGACUACCACUACCACCACGGAGCGAGCCCCCGCUAACAAACGACCUCGAGCUAUUGCCCCUGACCUCAGCAUCUUGAAUGACGGCUCUAGGGACUUUCUGCGUAACGUCGAAGCCGUUGGGCGUGAGCGAGAUGGGCUCAAGACUGCCGUCAAGGAGCUGGAGACAAAGCUCAGUAACUUGAAGAAGGACCUGACUGACAAGACGAAUGAGCUGACCGAUGUCAAGAGGAAUGCAGCAGCUGUCGCCGCGAAAGCUCAGGCUCAGAUGUCAUCGUAA